AUGUUGUUCAGUAAAAAUUUACAAAAUUUUUGGAGACAGGCUCAAAGAUUUAAUAGUACAUUAGUUGUAGCAGAACAUGAUAAUUCUCGUUUACUUCCCAUUACUCAAAAUGCUUUGACUGCUGCUAAAAAAAUAGGAGGUGACAUAACUGUUUUAGUUGCUGGAACUAAAUGUGAUGCAGUAGCACAAGCAGUGGCUAAAGCUUCAGGAGUUUCAAAAGUUCUCGUCGCUGAAGAUGCAGCUUUUAAUGGAUUUCUACCUGAAGCUUUAACUCCACUUGUAUUAGCUAGCCAGGAAAAAUUUAAAUUUACUCAUAUAUUAGCCGGAGCUUCCAGUUUUGGAAAAUCCCUCUUGCCGAGAGUGGCUGCCAAAUUGGAUGUUUCUCCCGUUUCAGAUAUAAUCGAUGUUAAAGAUUCAGAUACAUUUGUUAGAACAAUAUAUGCUGGAAAUGCUAUUAUGACUUUAAAAGCAAAGGACCCUGUUAAAGUUGUGACUGUGAGAGGAACUAGUUUUGCUCAAGAUCCUUUAGAUGGAGGUAGUGCUUCAACAGAAGCAGCCCCAACUGGAUCAUAUAAAGCUCCUAAUACAGAAUUUGUAUCUCAGGAAUUAACUAAAAGUGAUAGACCAGAAUUGGCAUCUGCUAAAAUAGUAGUUAGUGGGGGCAGAGGUUUAAAAUCCAAAGAAAAUUUUAAAUUAAUGUAUGAUUUAGCUGAUAAAAUGGGAGCAGCUGUUGGAGCUUCAAGAGCUGCUGUCGAUGCCGGUUACUGUCCAAACGACUUGCAAGUUGGACAAACUGGAAAAAUAGUAGCACCUGAAUUAUAUGUUGCAAUAGGAAUUUCAGGUGCCAUUCAACAUCUUGCCGGAAUGAAAGAUUCUAAAACGAUUGUUUCGAUUAACAAAGAUGCAGAAGCCCCUAUUUUUCAAGUUUCCGAUUAUGGUUUAGUAGAAGACUUAUUUAAAGCUGUACCUGAAAUGAUCAGUAAAAUAAAAUGA